ACGGCAAACUCAGUCCUGGAACCUUGCCUUGGACUCUCCGUCUAUUCCAUUGCUCCUCACCUUUGUCCGUAUCUUCGUCAUUGCCUCCUCCCCUCCCCUUCCAUUCCUUUAGACCUCCCCUAUUUUUGAUGUCGCACCAGAUUCGGGACCUGCAACCUGCCGAGAGCCUGCCAGCGUUGGACAAUAGAAAAGUAUCCAAAAUGAGCAGUUAAAACCGCAGUGUGAGAAUGCUUGUUAACAAGGGUGGAAACUGCGCCAUGUGGCACCCUUGCAAUUCUUCGUCCAGAGGCGGAUCCUUCCACCGUGCCUUUGUCAUGCCACCUUCGACUGUAGGCCUGUGUAACUUAUAGUUGGUAUGCUCAUACAGCAGUAGCAUCUUUGGUUCUUACUCAUCUCCUCUUCCUUCUCCUGCCCUCCCCUUGGAACCUCGUCAUGACCUGCUUUUUCUAAACCUAACGCUCUGACUAGCUUCCAGUUCUCCUUCGAUCGCCACCAUGGGUCGACAAGGAUCCAUGGCGCUUCUAGCCUUUACUCUGUUUGGCCUUUUAAGCUCUGUUAAGGCAGACUCCAUUGGCUAUGGGUACAACCUUGUCGGACUUGACGAUCUUAACAAUGGUGGUGGCGUUGUUGGGUAUCUUGAGCUCGUUAAAGCUACUGAGACUUAUGGCGCUGAUGUCAAGAAUCUUAAACUUGUAGCAAGGUAUCGAGGCAGUGACCGCCUUCAAGUACACAUCUCUGAUGCUGAUUCAAAACGCUACGAAGUCCCCCAGGAGCUGCUUCCAAGGGACCCUGUGGAUAGUUUUAAAGCUAACCGGAAGCUCUUUGGAAGAUUAAAGGUAGAGAAAUCAGGAGUGAUCUCGAGCAAGAAAAAUCAGUUGGAAUUUCAUUACGUCGCCGAACCCUUUGGGUUUGCAGUCGUCAGGCGUUCAAAUGGCGAAGUGCUGUGGAAUACCUCCGCUCCUGGCUCGGGACUGUUCAAUAACAUAAUUUUCAAGGACCAGUACUUGGAGAUUUCUUCCCAGUUGCCGUAUAAGUCAGCGCUUUACGGACUAGGUGAGAGCUCUCGUCCGGAUGGGCUUCGUCUCUCUCACAAUCGCCAAUAUACAAUGUGGGCGACAGACAUAGGAAGCUGGAACAUCGACAUUGACUUGUAUGGGGUUUUCCCCUUCCUCGUGGACGUGCGCGAAGGGGGACUUACUCACGGAGUCGCGAUCAUGAACAGUAAUGGAAUGGAUAUUGUCUACAAUGAUACUUCUAUCACAUUCAAGAUCAUUGGAGGAGUGUUCGACUUCUACUUCUUUUCCGGACCCGCCCCUAUCGCGGUGGUGGACCAAUACACUCAGUUGGUCGGUCGACCUGCGGCAAUGCCUUACUGGGUGCUUGGUUUUCAUCAAUCUCGGUACGGAUACAAUAAUGUGGAACAGCUUGAUUACGUCAUGAAGAAGUACGCCGAGGUGAACCUUCCUGUGGAAUCUAUGUGGUCCGACAUUGACCACAUGGACCACUACAAAGACUUCACUCUCGAUCCCGUCAAUUAUCCCGUUGACAAAUUACUGCCCUUUGUUCAGAACUUGCACAAGAACCAUCAGAAGUUUAUCAUGAUUCUGGACCCUGGGAUCAAGAUCGAUACCAACUACUCCACCUAUGUUCGGGGUGACAAACUGGACAUAUUCAUGAGGAAUGGUACGAGCCACCGCUACGUUGCCCAGGUAUGGCCAGGCGCCACAAACAUACCCGACUUCCUCCAUCCCAAAUCGCAGGAGUUUUGGUCAACAGAGGUAGCCGAAUUUCAUAAAGUGAUUCCAUUUGAUGGCUUGUGGCUUGACAUGAACGAGCCUGCCAACUUCUGCGGUGGUCCUACUUGUUAUUUCCCCCCCGGAAUUCAGACUUGUCCUCAGAUCGAUGAGUGUUGCAUGAUAUGUGAUAACACAAAUCUCAACCGGUGGGAUGAUCCUCCAUACCACAUUAACUCUCUUGGUAUCCACCGGCCUUUGUACGCGCACACAAUGGCGAUGAACUGCGAGCAUUUCAAUGGUAUCCGGGCUUACGAUACCCACAACGUCUAUGGAAUGAGCGAGGGACUUGCGACAUACCGAGCGCUUAAGGAGUUGACUGGAAAGCGCCCCUUUGUGCUUGCCCGAUCUAUGUUCCUCGGAUCAGGCUCGUACGCUGCCCAUUGGACCGGUGACAAUGGUGCAACUUGGGGAGAUCUUCAGUACUCCGUCGUGAGCAUAAUUAAUUUGGGCCUGUUCGGAGUACCCAUGGUCGGGGCAGAUAUUUGUGGAUUUAACUUUCAGACCAAUGAAGAGCUUUGCAUCCGGUGGACUCAGGUUGGAGCAUUUUACCCAUUUUCCAGGGAUCACUCCGAUAUUCAUGCAGGUCCUCAGGAAUUCUACUUGUGGGAGUCGGUUACAGAGACUGCACGGUCGGUGUUUUCGUGGCGAUACCGGCUUCUGCCUUUCCUGUAUACGCUGAUGUUCGGAGCACAUAAGACAGGAGCGCCUAUUUUUAGGCCUCUUUUCUUUGCUGUCCCUGAGGAUUCUCGGACGUGGGAUAUUGCUGAUCAGUUUACCCUCGGAACCGAUUUAUUGGUGUCUCCAGUGCUUCAGCAAGGCCAGGUCACUGUGAACGCAUACUUCCCUCAGGGAGUGUGGUAUAACUUGUUCAACCCUUCGCAAGUGGUGCGGGCGAAUAAUUCUUUUCAUACUCUCGAUGCUCCGCUUGACACCAUUAAUGCCCAUGUCCGCAGUGGCUCCAUCCUACCACUGCAAGAUUUGGCACCAACCACGACGCAAGCCCGGAAAACUCCCUACACCCUCUUGAUUGCAAUGGAUCCCGAAUCGGACUCUUUCAAUGCGCCAUCAGCUAUUUGUGACCGACGGAGCAAAGCGACGGGAGAGCUCUUCAUUGACGACGAUGACACAAUUAGUAUGCAGGUUAAGGAUGGCGCGGGAUCACUUGUGACUUUUGAAGCUACUCGUAAGGACGGUGUGUAUGUGUUGAAAGCCGAUGUCGAGGAAGGUGCUUAUGCAGUGAAGCAAGGGUUGAUGCUUCAAACGGUUUCCGUUCUUGGAGUGCGUACAGCUCCUAAUUCUGUGAAGGUUAAUGGCAAGUAUGAGGCCGUUAAUGUUACCUUUGACAACAAGGCAUCAUACUUAACCCUUACUGAUCUCAAUUUGCCCAUCGGUAAAGAUUUCGAGGUAUCAUGGGAUUGUUCUGGAAGCGACGCAUUUACAAGCUAGAAUCGUUUUUUAAAUCCUAGAAUGUAUAUGUUCUCAUUUAACACGGCGCCUCAUCCUGUAUUUCGAUGCACCUCUUCUCGCUGGACAGUGAUGCAUAAGCACUCCUGGCUAGGAAUUAUGGUCCAUGAAUAUAGAGAGAUAGAACUGGAGUUCAUAAUGGUGGUGUUAGCAUACAGAAACUAUAGUAAAAUUGGUUUUUGGGAUUCACAUCAUUUCGGGGCUAUCUGAAACUUGUGAAAGUUCCGUAUACAUUUUUGUCGAGUGUAUUUAUAAUCUGAACCUGGUUCUUGAAUUCAA